GGGACCCGCGGCUGACUCAGCCUUUUCUCCCCUUCCCUCUCCCCGCGGACCAUAAAGGGCCCCGUCGGCACUCGGGCGGCAGACGGUGGUGCCGCUGGCUGAGUUUCACGCUGCCCGCAGAACCAGAAGGAGAAAGAGAGAAAGGAGGGGAGAGAGAGAGAGACCCGCCCGCCCCGCCGAGACCCUCGCCCGCCUCAGCAGCCAUGAAGGACCCAGUCCCGGCCUUCCUCCUCCUGGCGUUCCUGCCGCUGCCCGGCGCUUGGGCCGCGCCUCUGGAAGGCAAGGGCCCCCUGGUCAUCGCAUUCCCCGGGGAGAUGGUCAGCCGGAUGACGGACCGGGAGCUUGCCGCUCUCUACCUCCAGCGCUACGGGUACUUGAAGGAGACCAACCCCGUGGGGCAGGUGAAGCUGGAGACCCCCCUCAAGGCGAUGCAAAAGCGGCUGGGCUUGCCAGAGACGGGGAAGCUGGAUGCCACCACCCUCGCAGCCAUGAGGGCUCCCCGCUGCGGAGUGCCAGAUGUCGGGCAUUUCCAGACGUUUGAGGGAAACCUCAAGUGGGACCACACAGACCUCACAUACCGGGUGCUCAACUACUCUCCCGACCUGGACGGCUCCGUCAUUGAAGACGCCUUCGCCAGAGCCUUCAAGGUAUGGAGUGACGUGACGCCCCUCACCUUCACGCGCCAGGAGGACGGGGAGGUGGAUAUUCUCAUCCAGUUUGGGACCGGAGAACAUGGCGACGGCUACCCCUUCGAUGGCAAGGACAACCUUCUCGCCCACGCCUUCCCUCCCGGCAAGGACCGAUACAGCGGGGACGCCCAUUUUGACGAUGAUGAGAACUGGACUCUGGGCACGGGCGUCGUGGUGAAGACGUACUACGGGAACGCCAACGGGUCUCUCUGCCACUUCCCCUUCACCUUUCGGGGGAAGACCUACUCCACCUGCACAGCCGACGGGCGGGAGGACGGGCUGCCUUGGUGUGCCACGACCUCCAACUUCGACCGGGAUAAGCUCUUCGGCUUCUGCGCCAGUGAACUCCUCCUCACCUAUGAUGGGAACAGCGGCGGCAAGAAGUGUGUUUUCCCUUUUGUCUUCGAUGGCAAAUCCUACGAGGGCUGCACCACUGACGGGCGCACGGACGGCUACCGCUGGUGUGCGACCACUGACAACUUUGACCGGGACAAGAAAUACGGCUUCUGCCCCAACAGAGACACAGCUGUGGUUGGAGGGAAUGCCCAGGGCGAGCCCUGCUCCUUCCCCUUCAGCUUCCAGGGCCAGAGGUACAGCAGCUGCACCUCCGAGGGACGCACCGAUGGGAAGCUCUGGUGCGCCACCACCAGCGACUAUGAUGCAGACAAGAAGUGGGGCUUCUGCUCUGACCAAGGCUACAGCCUCUUCCUGGUUGCUGCGCAUGAGUUUGGCCAUUCCCUGGGCCUGGAGCACUCCAGCAUCCGGGAAGCCCUCAUGUACCCCAUGUACACCUAUGUGGCCGACUUCCACCUGAACUCUGACGAUGUGGAUGGGAUCCAGUUUCUCUAUGGUAAAGGAUCAGGCCCUCAGCCCACGGUGCCCAGCCCCCCCCCUCAGACCCCCACAGAAGCUGGGGAUGAGGACAGCUCUUCCGUGACCGUGACCCCCACUGUGGAUGGCCAGAGCAGCGCCUGCCGUGUGGAGGGCUUCGAGGCAGUGGGUGAGAUCCAGAAGGCGCUGCACCUCUUCAAGGGCAGGCAAUACUGGCGAAAGUCGGCCUCUGGGGCCGGGCCCCUUGAGGGCCCCCUGCAGAUCCAGAACGUGUGGCCAGCCCUCCCAGAUGUGAUUGACGCGGCUUUCCAGGACGCCCUGACCAAGAAGCUCUUCUUCUUCUCAGGCCAGCGCUUCUGGGUGUACCAGGGGACGAGGGUGAUCGGCCCUCGGAGCCUUGACAAGCUGGGCAUCGGGAGAGAGGUGCGCAAGAUUGUCGGGAGCCUGCAACGGAAGGAGGGCAAAGUCUUGCUCUUCAGCGGAGAUCAGUUCUGGAGGCUGGAUGUGAAAAAGGAGAAGGUAGAUAAGGGGUAUCCCCGCCACACUGACAGCCUCUUUCCUGGAGUCCCCCUGGAUGCUAAUUUCAUCUUCCAGUACAAAGGAAAAUUCCACUUCUGCCGCAACCCCUUCUGCUGGCGAAUGACCUCCCGCUACCAGGUGGACAGGGUGGGGUACUUCAAGUACGAUGUCCUGAAGUGUCCUGAGCAAUGAGGCCACCAAGACCCACCACCAGGGGCCCCGCUUCAAAAUGCCUCUGGACGUGGUUGCAUCCCUGCGCAGCUUUGACCCCUCCCUGGCUGGCCAUCAACAGCUGUCCCUCC